CAUGAUAUCAUCACAGAGCAAUGUUUUCCAUGUUCUCUUUUAUUCUUUUUAUUUCUCUGCGAGUUAGCCUUCUUUUUUUUUUACCACUCAGCCCCACUAGAUGCCACUAUGGUGCUUUGGACAGCUGGGGACAAAGACUAAUAAGAGGUAGCAGUUUCUGUCAGGAAAUGAACAGUAACAGGUCGGAUCUUACAGUUUUUUGAACACUGUACUGACCUGAAUAGCUUUAAUAGAUUAAAUGAAUCUGUUUCAUCCACAUGUCCAAUGAUUCGCCAGCUUAUUUUAAUCACAGUGCCCCUAUUUCCUUUCUCUUUUGCAUAUCAGUAUGCUCCUGCUUUAAAUUCCCAUGAGGCUGUGAGGGUUUAUUUUAAGACCUCAUCCCAGAAUAUUAAUAGAAGACUUCUUCAUCGUCUAUUUUUACUCCUGACUUUUGGCCACUUCACAAUUGUCUCAGCAGCGUAGAGAUGAUAAUAAUAAAUUAUUCAGAUUUUCUCUGAUAUUAUGAGUUAUUGCUCCUGUGUUAUAAUAAAUAAAACAAAAUAAAAUAAAUCCCUUUAUCAUCCUUUUUACGUAUAUUUUUCAUGAAAUCUGACAUAUAUCUUUGACAAAUAAUGUGGGCUUCUAAACACAUUAAUUAUAAUCCUCGUUAAGCUUUCAUAACAUGAAGCAGUUCAAUCAGAAAAUUACCUGUUCUGUAACCUUUUUUCUUCUUUGACACUGUUACAUAUUCAUUACAUGCAGUCUGCAGACUGAAAAUCCAAGAAUGUGCUGUGCAUUAGUAUUCUCAGUGACAGCCUUGUCCAAAGACAGAGGGUCAAAAAGCUUUUUAAUCUGUUUUCAAUCAUUUCUGAUUUUGUGGAUGACCAGAGUUAACAUUAUUUAGUUUUUUCUGCUAUGGGGAGCGCAACAAUUUAACAGUAUCAGCAUCUACCCACACAUGUAUAAUGCCAGAAGCUGUAAAAGCGUUCCCAAAUGUGCAUCAUGGGAAUAGCAAGACUCUUAAUCUUAGGAUGUCUGUGUCUGUUUGUCCCUCUGGGGAGAAGAAUUAUUCUAAUUCUACACACUUUAGAAAACUGGAGAAUUUAAUGUAAAUUAUACAAGGAGAAGAGUUAACUAAACUGCAUCUAGUGUCCACAAAGGCUGUACUUAAUACUGCAAUUAGUGCUAUUUUAAUUGCAUGUUCAAUCAUUCCAGUGGAUGGUGUGUUGAAUUGCAUGGUACCUACGCUGUUCUUUCAGUAAUUACAGGGUUAUAGCCACAGAAGCUGACAUGAUAUUCAGGGCUUGGAUGGUAAGAUGAAAUUGAUUUUUACGUGGUGACUGUAGGAGGUGGGUUUGGAUAUAAUGGUGUGAGACGGAGGGAGGAGUAUAUUGGGAAAGGAGAGAGAGGGAGAGAGAGCGAGCGAGUGAGACAGAUGUGGGCGACUGGAGCAACUCUGAAAGAGGAUUAAGCAGUCACUUGUAUUUCCUGGGAUACUGCACCUGGGCACUGCCUUUCACAAAUGAUGGAUUCCCAUUUUGCCCCUGAAGAUUAACUGAAUAUUGGUAGGUGGACUUGAGCAAGAUGGAGAACAACACAACCACCUUUCAGGAUGUCAGUCGGGUUGUAAAUCUGACAGAAAUGCCUCUGAACCCUCUUGAAGAACAAGUCAUAACGAUAUUUUUGACCAUGCUCAUUUGUGGAGUUGGGAUUGCUGGGAAUAUCAUGGUGGUGCUGGUUGUUCUGCGCACUAAACACAUGGUGACCCCGACUAACUGUUACCUUGUCAGCUUGGCUGUCGCAGACCUCAUUGUGCUCCUGGCUGCAGGCCUGCCUAAUAUCUCUGAUGUUGUAGCCUUCUGGAUAUAUGGCUACACAGGAUGCUUGUGUAUAACUUAUCUUCAGUACCUGGGCAUCAACGUGUCAUCCUGCUCCAUCACAGCGUUCACUAUUGAACGAUACAUUGCUAUUUGUCACUCCAUAAAGGCACAGUUCCUAUGUACUGUUUCCCGAGCCAAGAGAAUCAUAGCUGGAGUGUGGAUUUUUACCUCGCUCUACUGCACGAUGUGGUUCUUUUUAGUGGACACAGAUGAAACCGUCUAUACCAACGGGGUGGUCGUCACCUGUGGCUACCGUGUCUCCAGAAGCCUCUACAUGCCAAUUUAUUUCCUGGACUUCACUCUGUUUUACGUGAUCCCUCUCAUUGUGGCCACUGUGCUGUAUGGGCUCAUUGCCAGGAUUUUGUUCAUGAGCCCUCUGCCUUCGCAUCUCAACGACCGAGCCGGAGGCGGGUCAGUUCACCAGGGGCACUCCAGUACCACCAACAAGGCCAACAAGGGUGCAGUCUCUGCAAGAAAACAGAUAACAAAGAUGCUGGCUGUUGUGGUCAUCCUGUUCGCCCUGCUCUGGAUGCCUUACCGAACGCUAGUAGUGGUCAACUCCUUCAUUGACCCGCCGUACCACAACACCUGGUUCCUGCUCUUCUGCCGGAUGUGCAUCUACACCAACAGUGCCAUCAACCCCAUCAUUUAUAACCUCAUGUCUCAGAAGUUUCGUGUUGCGUUCAAAAAGCUCUGCAAGUGCCCCUGGGGCCACAGGGAGGCCGAGUACAAUGUGCCGAUGUAUUACAGUGUGAUGAAGAAUUCAACCCAUGAGUGCAAUGAACCGGUCACAGAGCAAGAAGAAGUCAGUUAUCACAUCACCCACAGGUCCAACAUGACAGAUGAUGAAGCUCUCAGCAUUUCUUCGUGAAUUUUCAUGGAGACAUGAAGCGUUUCAGUGAUUGUGCGUGUUUUAAGGGUCCAUUGUUACUGGCUGUGGGUGCAUGAUAAAUUAAUUAUGACAAUCUGUUAUUCUGAUGUUUAGGCUUUCAGUUAUUUGCACCUGUUAAAAAAUAACUACUGUGAAAUCAUUUUACGUGUGGUUUAAUAGUUGUGGUACUUUGUGAAACAGUAUUGUAACACCUAUGUUGUAAAUAUCAGUAGAGUCUGUUACCUAUGAUCUCAGUUACCUCGCCAAAGGAGGUUAUGUGAUUGAUUCAGUUUGUUUGAUUGCAUGAUUACUCAAAAUGUUAUAAAUGGAUUUGCAUUUUACCAGAGGUGGGGCAAGGCCCAAAUUAGAAGUUAUUAACUUUUGGAAAUGCUCAAGAUCCAGGACUUUUUGGAAGGAUUCUUUAUCACAGCACUUUGGAUCAUAUCUUCAUAAAUACAUAUCGAAUUGAGUUAAGAAAAAAAAUGGGCGACACUGUCUUGAUGUUAUAUCUUCCAUUGCAUCCUAAUUUCAACAUGACUAGGGGUCCAUAAAGCGAGAAUAUUUGAAUUCCUGCACGAGUGUUGACAACUUUCAGUGUUUCAAGUAUUACAUAGUAGCAAAAUCUUUUUUCUUUAUAUCCCAUUAACCCUCAUUGUCUCUUCCCUGAAUUUAGACUAACGUAUAAUGCUAAAAACUAAGCAAAUCUUAUCCCCUCAUCCAUCCACCAAAAUUAUUCCAGACUACAAAGGAUUUUUUAUGCAGGACAUGUUUGUAUCAUUACUUUUUCAGUCCUGCAGGAAAGAGGUAAUGAUCAUGGAAAGCCUGAUGGCAAACACAUCAGUUUUGAUUCGAAACAUUAAAAUAUAGCCAACGGAGAUCUAACAACAAGCAACAAUAUUAAAUAAAUAUUGUGAUGCUAAUUGGCAUCAACAAGUUUGCACUCUCCCUUAUCUUCUUAUUGUUGUGGUGUGCUGCCAGCUGUAUCACUGCGUGUCUUUGCACCUAAAUAUAUGCAGGUCCAUUUGUCACUUAGUAUGUAAAGAACCAGUGUGAGGCCCAUGUAUUAAACAUUUACAAAUGUUUUGCAUAUAUUGCAUUUAUCUAUUCUGUAUUUGACUAUGGCAUUUUGUAAACAAGCUUGUGUUUCCCUGUGCACUGGGAUUAACAAAUCCCCUUUACACAUCUAAAUGUAUUCAUUAUCUUUAUGACAGUUCUGUGUGUUGAAUUAAAAUA